AUGAUUACUACGAUGUACUCAGAAGAAUCCCGAAGAAGAAGUUACUUGCCCCGCAAGAGACAUCUCGAAAACCCUUCUGAAGAACAUAGCAAAAGAUCGAGACAUUACCAUCGUGAUCAAUACCAAAACACCAACUCUAUCCCUCACGGUUGGCUAGAUUGUCCUAGUUUCGGUAAAGAGAUCGGCGGUUUCAUCAUCCCUUCAAAAGUCCCUCUCAGCGAAUCUUACAACGACCAUCUCCCUCCAGACAAAAGAUACUCUUUCAAAUAUUGGUUAAGUAACGGACCUAAGAAGCUUGGUCUAGUGAUUGAUCUCACCAACACAACUCGUUACUAUAACCCUAGCACAGAGUUAAGAAGGGAAGGGAUCGAGUACGUUAAGAUUCGUUGCUGUGGUCGUGACUCUGUCCCUGAUAACGUCUCUGUAAACACUUUUGUCCACGAGGUGAAUCAGUUUGAGAGAUAUAACUUCCCUAAGAAGCUUCUCGUUCACUGUACGCAUGGUCAUAACCGUACAGGGUUCAUGAUUGUUCAUUACCUUAUGCGGUCUAGGCCUAUGAUGAGUGUUACACAGGCUCUUAAAACGUUUUAUGAUGCUCGUCCUCCAGGGAUAUACAAAGCUGAUUAUAUUGAUGCUCUUUACAGUUUCUAUAACGAAGUAAAGCCUGAGAGUGCUGUUUGCCCACAAACACCUGAGUGGAAGAGGUCUGAAAACGAGUCUUUAUCACCGUGUGUCCCUUCACUACAAGAGGAAGUGAAAGUGAUCAAGAAGAUGUCAAUUGAUGACCCCAAUUGGUCUAUGGUCUAA